ACUUAUUGAACCCAAGCGAGUAACUCUCCAAGCUUCUGCGAGUCGAUGAGAAAAUCAAACGAAAUCGGACUUGGAUGAACACCUUUCAUAGUGGUCAAUACUCAGUUGCAUGAAAUCUUGAAACCUAGAUCUAAUAUUCGAAGGUUUUAUUUGGCAGUGAUUAAUCUGAACUGAGAAGAGAUCCAAAAAGCAACGCCGUAAACAAUCAUCGCUACCUCGGUCUAGAAGGCCUUAUAGUCUCUAUAGUCAAUAACGGAGUAUCUGGACMAAGAGUGUGUCGUCUUGUUGCUCAACGAACGCUUUUAUCUGGUACCAACCAACCCAAGUCAUACACAGGGGCAUUUAAGAUGGGAAACAAAACAAGUAAGGCUAACGAAACCAGCGCUGGGCUGCCAAAAUUGAAUUUGUCAUUCAUUACCCUUACUUUACCGAGGCAAGAAACGAGAACCACAGCAAAGCCAACUGACUUGGUCUCGAGCACCAUGAUAUCCAAGUUACCUUCACAGCCACCAACAACUACACAGCCAGCACCAACUACACCAGAGAUGAAGAUGAAUUCAAUGAAUUCAUUGAAAGAAACGGGUUUGAGUGGAAAGACGGUAGAGAUAUUCGCUUUAACUUCAAGUGCGACUGUUAUCAUCAUGGUGUUUUUGAUCUUAGUGAGGAUGUAUCGAAGAAAAAAGCAACAACAACAACAACAGCUCAAUGACGAUUCGGCCAUUAAAAAGCUUGACGAUGUUUCUCCAACACCUUGGCGUGAGAUAGACAAGGGAUUCAUAGCAACAGGCAGGGAACUGGGGUCUGGUUUCUUUGGAGUGGUGCUACAAGGAACAGUGAUUCUUGAUGGACAGUCCAAGCAAUGUGCUGUCAAAAUGCUCAAAGAUUAUGCUACAGAAGCGGACAAUAAGGACCUUCUCAACGAGUUACACAUCAUCUCACGGAUUGGACAUCAUCCAAACAUCAUCAACCUUAUCGGAGCGUCUACUAAAAGUGGCCCAGCACACAUAGUUCUGGAGUUCGCUUCUAAUGGUAAUCUACUGAAUUAUCUACGUGACAAUCGUGACGAAGUCUACACCAAUAUGACGACAUUACGACCAGACACCAAGCUGGAUCUGAGAACCAGACUGAAGAUAGCUUAUGAAGUAGCUCAAGGAAUGCGACAUCUCAGCUCUAAAAAGUGUGUUCACAGAGACCUGGCAGCGAGGAACGUCUUACUUGAUGAACACUUCGUUGCUAAGGUAACAGACUUUGGACUCUCAAGAGACGUGUACGAGAAAGGUGUUUACGAAGUCAACACUCAGAGUAAGAUGCCAUUAAAGUGGAUGGCUUUAGAGUCUUUGGAAACAAUGAAAUUCACCACUCAAAGUGAUGUAUGGUCUUUUGCAGUUUUGAUGUGGGAAAUUGAAACAUCAGGAGCAACGCCUUACCCAGGUCUGAUGGGAAGAGAGUUAUUUAACGAGCUAUCGAAAGGACACAGAUUGGAGCAGCCACCAAGCUGUCCUGACAACCUAUACGAGAUAAUGAGCAGAUGUUGGGUCAGGGAUCCUUCUGAACGUCCAUCAUUUCAACAACUGUGUAACGAACUGGGAUUCUUUCUACAGGAAGAGGCGGGAUAUGAAGAUCUUUUAUUGGCUAAUCAGACCGAAGUAGAUGAGGGAACUCGAACAGAAGACCACAACAAGGGAGGAGAUACAUAAGAAUGACCCGUGCCUCUUUAACAUGGACCUAUGAGCCUGCAAUCGUUUUGGUCUCCGCUAACCCCCACCCAACGCCUGGAAAUAGCUAUACGACUUGUGUACAUAUUCAGAUUUGAAAAACCAGAUGUAGGUUUGUUGACUUGACAUUAAAGAAUCCACAAUCGACCACAAUGCACUACGCCCUUAUAUUAUCAUUUACAUCGUUCGCCUACAUCGUUCUCGAGGCUCUUCCAUACACCAACGGAGCAAAAUUUCUGCAAUGUUAAAGUCCUCAAAUUCCUUUUUGUUCACUCUACAGUAAGUAGGUUGAAUUUUUAAAAGAGAUUCUCUUUUUGACAUUAUAACUUAUACAUUAUGUCGUCCAACUGGCAGCCAUUGCGACUUUCGAAAGCUAACUUGGAUGAUCCUAGAUUCGUUGCCAAAAUUAACUAUCAUUAUAUCAUGAUGGUCGUAAAACAUAAACUAGUAGCAGAAAUAUCAAAACCGAUGGAACUGGAUUCCUAAACUUCACCUACAAAACUGCCGCCAUUUUGCCUGGCAGAGAAAAUGGAGCAUUGCAAAGCAUUGUUUCCAGCGCGCAUUGCAUUGUGGUUGACUAAUUCUUUAAAUUUUGAAAAUAAGAUAAUCGAAUAAAAGUUGUAAUUAACAUU